UGUAGAUUGUAAAAUGUGCCGACUUGCCGGCCGCCGUUCCAAUUCCCAAUUCCCAAUUCGUAAUAGUUGUUCCCAUUAUUUUUAGCACCUGCAUCGUCAAACCGCAACAGCAACAAGCAAAGCCAGUCCAGUCCAGUUCAGUCCCUAUCCCACUCUCGUCCGUCCGUCACGGGCAUGUGAUUUCCCCAGCUUGCGACCCGCGCUGGAGUUAGCUACUAGCAGCCAUGCCUAUACAGGUCUAUUCGUUUUACAUCUUCGACCGCCAUACCGAGUGCGUAUACUCGAAGCUCUGGGUCCCCCGGCCCUCAUCCAGCAUCGCCGGCCCGCCCCCAUCGCGGCCCCAAUCGCAACAGCCGCCUCCGUCCCUCGCCGCCGCAACAACAACAACGACCACCAUAACAACAGGGCCGUCCUCCGCACCCCCAUCAACGACGAACCCCCCCGCAAACGCCGCCGCCGCCGCCGCUGCCGCAGCUAUCACCCGGAGGAAGAACGAGAAUGACGCGAAGCUGAUCUUCGGCACCGUGUUCAGCUUGCGGAACAUGGUGCGCAAGCUCGGCGGCGACGACGACGCCUUCAUCGCCUUCCGCACCGCCCACUACAAGCUGCACUACUACGAGACCCCGACCAACCUGCGCUUCGCCAUGCUCACCGAGCCCGGCGCCCUCAGCAUGCGCAACGUCCUGCACCAGAUUUAUAUUAACCUCUGGGUCGAGUACGUCGUCAAGAACCCCCUCUCACCAGCCGAGCACAAAGGCGGCGAAGGCGUGCGGAACGAGAUGUUCGAGAUGGGGCUAGAUAAGUUUGUUAGAGGCUUAAUGUGACGGUGUGCUACGAUAUAGAAUAGAC